GUAACAUCUGCACUCUAAAUUUGACGUUUCUUUUCACUAAACAAAUUAUUUCUAUCUUUUACCAGUUUACAGCUUUUACAGUUUUCAGCAGAGAAAUUAAUUUAUUUUGGUACAAAAAUAAAUCAAUUGCGGUGUAAAAGAUGGUCAAGAUCUUCGCUUUAAGUGUGCUGCAUAAAACGGAUGCGGGUGCUGUGUGGUUAAAAUCUGCGUACGAUGUCCAGAGCUUCAGCUAUUUCCAGAGGGGUUCAAUACAGGAGUUUAUGGGGUUUGUGUCAAAGACUAUAGUUGAGAGGACACAGGCAGCUUCCAGGCAGUCAGUCAAGGAAGGAGAAUACUUGUGUCAUGUAUAUGUUCGUGGAGAUGGUCUGGCUGGAGUUGUGAUCUGUGAUCAGGAGUACCCAUCUCGAGUGGCCCACACACUGAUAACAAAGUUCUUAGAUGAAUUUGCAGCUAAGUAUCAACCACAUAGCUGGCCCAAUCUGCAGGAGAAAGAUAUUGAGUUUAAUCAGCUUAAUGUCUAUUUAGCUAAAUAUCAGAAUCCUAGAGAGGCUGAUGCCUUAACUAAAAUACAGGAAGAUCUGGAUGAGACCAAGAUUAUAUUGCAUAAUACAAUUGAAGCAGUGCUGGAACGCGGCGAGAAGUUGGAUGAUCUUGUGACGAAAUCUGAGGGUCUAAGUCUACAUGCAAAAGGUUUCUACAAAACUGCUAGAAAGACAAACAGUUGUUGCACAUUUGGUUAAUCCAUUUUGUUCUAAUUUAAUUUAUUAUAGCCAAAGUUCUCUUGCUCUGAUCUGGGUGUUGUUCAAAUUGUAACCAGCUUUAUUGUUUUUGAUGUUUGUAUUUUAAGAGACAAUAAGUGUUUGUUAUUAUAUGUGUAUUACUAUAUACUAUAUAUAAAAAUGAAAAAAAAAAAAUGAACCAUAGAGAACCAGAAAUGAUGCAUUCCAAAUUCUUCAAAAAUUACUAUUAACUUCAGUGUAUCAAGUGAUGUUUUUUUUUUAAUUAUAUUAAAAU